AUGGAAACAGCUAACCUCACGGUGGCCGCCACCGGCGUCGCCCUGCCCCUGGGAUCCGAGGCCUGCAGCAUCAGCCCAAGCCCCGGCGGGGUCAGCGGGUCGACCCCAGGCGGGGCCGCUCUGCCCGGCCGCGAGCCACCUUUCUCGGUCUUCACGGUGCUGGUGGUGACGCUGCUGGUGCUGCUGAUCGCGGCCACGUUCCUGUGGAACCUGCUGGUUCUGGUCACCAUCCUGCGCGUCCGCGCCUUCCAUCGCGUGCCUCAUAACUUGGUGGCCUCGACGGCCGUGUCGGACGUACUCGUGGCAGCGCUGGUGAUGCCCCUGAGCCUGGUGAGCGAGCUGUCGGCCGGGCGACGCUGGCUGCUGGGUCGGAGCCUGUGCCACGUGUGGAUCUCCUUUGACGUGCUGUGCUGCACCGCCAGCAUCUGGAACGUGGCAGCCAUCGCCCUCGACCGCUACUGGACCAUCACGCGCCACCUGCAGUACACGCUGCGCACCCGCCGCCGCGCCUCCGCGCUCAUGAUCGCGCUCACCUGGGCGCUGUCGGCGCUCAUCGCCCUGGCGCCGCUCCUCUUCGGCUGGGGCGAGGCGUACGACGCACGGCGCCAGCGCUGCCAGGUGAGCCAAGAGCCCUCCUACGCCAUCUUCUCCACCUGCGGUGCCUUCUACCUGCCUCUUGGCGUGGUGCUCUUCGUCUACUGGAAGAUCUACAAGGCGGCCAAGUUGCGUUUCGGCCGCCGCCGCGGGGCUGUGCUGCCUCUGCCCGCCACCGUGCAGGUGAAGGAGGCCCCCUGCGAGGCGAAAAUGGUGUUCACGGCGCGGCGCCCGGGGGUGGCCUUUCAGAUGAGCGGAGACUCAUGGCGGGAGCAGAAGGAGAAGCGGGCAGCCGUGAUGGUGGGCAUUCUUAUUGGCGUGUUUGUGCUGUGCUGGAUCCCCUUCUUCCUGGCCGAGCUCAUCAGCCCCCUCUGUGCCUGCAGCCUGCCCCCGAUCUGGAAGAGCAUAUUCCUGUGGCUUGGCUACUCCAAUUCCUUCUUCAACCCCCUUAUCUACACAGCAUUUAACAAGAACUACAACAACGCCUUCAAGAGCCUCUUCAGCAAGCAGAGAUAAACGCAGGGUCUGGAGAAACA